AUGCCGGUGUCUACGUACACCAACCCAGAACUCGAAGACACGCAGGUUGACCAUGGUGCACAGACCAGUCGAUAUCGUACACCCUUGCCAGCGGGGCAGAUCGCCACUCUGCUGUUACUUCGAUUCUGCGAGAGCGCAUCGGUGUUCGUUGUUUUCCCGUUUCUCAACGAGCUCAUCACGUCAGUCAUCGGAGGAAACAAAGAGAAAGUGGGGUACUAUGCUGGGUUGAUGGACUCGGUCGGCCAAAUCAUAUCCCUCGUAACCGUAAUGUACUGGAGCCGCGUCUCAGACAUCAUCGGGCGUAAACCCAUUCUCUUGCUUGGAACCGCCGCUUUGGCAGUUUCUAUGAUUUCUUUUGGACUUUCGAAGACGUUCUGGGGGCUCGUUGUAAGUAGAUGUAUCUUCAGAGCGUUGAAUAGCAAUGCCGGCGUGAUAAAGAGCGUUGUUGGUGAGAUAACGGAUUCUAGUAAUAGUGCAGAUGCGUUUGCCCUGCUUCACGUUCCCUGGUCUGUAGGGAGUUCUUUUGGGUCGCUCCUUGGCGGAUGGCUCGUGAGGCCGCAAGAACAUUUCCCGACUAUCUUCCCUGGUCAGUUUUGGAAAGCCAAUCCUUAUUUUCUUCCGUGCGCUACAGUGGCAGCUAUCUCUCUCGUGGGUUUUUUCAUCACUCUUGGACUCAUGAACGAGGUUCACGAACUAGAAUCCGAUCUUGAGCCUCUCCUUCCGCCGUCCAAUCAAGAGACCACGAAAGCCACCACGGAAGACCCCGUACCUCUUCGAGACCUCCUCAACCUCCGAGUUCUCAUCCCGGUGCUCAACUACACCUCCAUCGCAUUCCUGCACACUUCAUCCAACGCCAUCCAGCCUCUCUUCCUCGCCAUGCCUGUUUCUUUGGGAGGUCUAGAAUUCAACCCCAGACAAAUUGGGACUGUACUCUCCGCGUACGGAGCCGCGAACGCGGUGUUCCAGACGUUCUUCCUUGGUGUGCUGGUGAGGAAGUUUGGGCUCAAGAAUAUCUUCUUGACUGCGAUGGCGAUGUUUUUACCAAUGUUUGGGCUGUCCCCUCUUAUGAACGUCGUUGCGAGGAGUGGGGGAGGAAGUGGAGUGAUUUGGUUCUUCCUGGUUUGUCAACUGGCUUUUUCGAUGGUUAUGGAAUUGGGAUAUGGAUGUAUUUACAUGUUCAUAACAGCAGGAGCACCCAAUAAGAGGUCUCUAGGUGCGACAAAUGGGCUUGCGCAGACGUUGGUAGCUGUGGUCCGUAUCGCUGCGCCCUUGUUUUCCACUGCGUUACUGUCUUUCUCCAUUGAACGCCAUCUGUUCGGGGGUUAUGCGGUGUAUCUAGCUUUGUGGAUAAUGUCGAUAGGAAGCUUGUACCUGGCUAGUUGGCUUUCUGUGGGAUGA